AUGCUAGGCGUGAUAAUUUGUGUGGCCUUUGCGUCUUUUACUUCAGCUUUCCCCUACCAUCAACCUGGAUUGGAAUCUGUCAGAAUUUCAGGAGGAAGCAAUGCAACAAUUAGGGAAAUCCCUUAUAUUGUACAAAUGAAUCAGGAUUAUACUGAUAUUUCAGACUGUAAUGCGUCAAUCCUUUCAAGACUUUGGUUAGUUACCGCAGCUCACUGUUUAGUCGGGUUGCUUGCAUCAGAUGUAACUAUACGAGCGGGAACAGACAAAUUCAUGAAAGACGGAGUGGUAAUAGGGGCCUCAAAUUUAUAUGUUCACCCCAAUUUUAAUAAUGAUACCCUGGAUUAUGACAUAGGUUUAAUCAAACUUGCUUCACCACUAACUUUUGGUCCAAAUAUAGCUCCAAUAUCCCUUGCGGGAGCUAAACCUGCGAUAGGAACGUCAGCUGUCGUUUCCGGAUGGGGAGAUUUAAAUGCUUUUAGCCAUAAAGCCCCAGAACAGUUACAAAAAGUUACACUACCAGUUGUUGCUGAUAGCCAAUGUCCUGGUGUGCAUACUGAAAGAAUGUUAUGUGCAGGAAAUAGUUCUGACUACAAAAGUCCUUGUUAUGGUGACUCUGGAGGCCCUUUGGCUGUAGGAAAUACCCUNGAUUUCUUCAAG